GUUUAGCUCUGCACUGAACAAAUCCAAGAGAGAGAGAAGAGAGGAGAGAGAAUGUGAUAUGGGGAUAUUGAGGCAGGGAGGUACAGUGGAUGGAUGGAGGAGUGGUAGGGGAGGAAUUGGGGAGGCAGUGGACUAUUUUAUUAUCCGUAUGGUAUCUGGUUUGUGAGCGUGGUGGAUGGUCGGUCAAAAAUGAAAUCUGGAAGAGUGGGAAUGUGAAGAACAAACUCAGAAUAUAUUUAUUUGGGAAGAAGGAGAGAAGCUCAGAGCUGCUGUUGUUCCAGUCCGGACAAACGUGCUCUGUUCGUUUGUUUUGUAGCUUAAUUACUUUUUUGAUUUUGAGCUGUUUGUUAAUUAAUCAUCGUCACGCUUUGAAGAGGAGGAGGAGGAUAUUGUACCCGAUUGAUCAUCGGGGGCCGUGUACUCUUCUGUUCUGUUCUCUUCUCGUCUCGUUUUCUCAUUUUUUAAUUCGAUUUUGUUGGUGCUGUGAGUUUUUUUUUGUUUGUUCUCUUUCUCUCUCUUCAGAGAUCAUAGCUCCUACCUUUUGAUUUACACGGAGAGGGGUGGGGGGUCCUCUGUCUUUGGGAAUUGGAUAGGGUUUCGUCUUUUGAGGUCUGCAACUAGAGCAUGCUUUGCUCCUCCCAUCAUGGAGUUGUGAAAUAAUUCUCACCAAACCCCUCCUUUUUUGCACACAUUCUUUUCAUGAGAGAGGAUUUGUUAACUGGCUCGCCUCGCCCCUUUUUUUUUUUUUUUCCUGUUCUAGGGUUUGUUUGCUUGCUUGAUGGUUCGUUCGUUUAUUAGCUUGUUUGGCGGGCGAUUUUGUAGCCAUACAGAGGAAUUUUGCCGCGUGAGAGUUGUCGGAGAAAAUAGUAUCCCAAUCUCUUCACAUUUUGCUAUUGCAGGGAACAGCAAAAAAGGUUCAGGCCUUAAAAGGAUGAAGUACACACAGGGUCAUAAAUCUAUGUACUGAUUGUGUUUUUGUAGGCAAUUGAUUUCCUUUUCGACUGAAAAGGAAGUGAAAUUAGGGAUCAGAUGGGUGAGAAAAGGCAAGGGUACCAUUUGGUGGCUGUGAGGGGGAAUGAGGAGUUGGGGACAAAGAGAAAGCACUCUUUCAUCCACAAGGCUUCCAACCCCAGAAUCCUGGGGUUUUGGAUCAUGCUGAUGUUGUAUUUCAGCAAAUAUAUUUAUGAUUACAUGGAUGCUGAGCACAAGGAAAGGAGGAAGGAGGUUCUUGUGAGCAUGUGUGAUCAGAGGGCCAGGAUGCUACAGGAUCAAUUCAGUGUUAGUGUCAAUCAUGUUCAUGCCCUUGCCAUUCUUGUCACCACAUUCCAUUAUUACAAGAACCCUUCUGCAAUUGAUCAGGAAACUUUUGCCAAAUACACUGCCAGAACGGCUUUCGAGAGGCCAUUGUUGAGUGGUGUGGCGUAUGCGCAAAGGAUUCUUCUCUCGGAGAGGGAAGAAUUUGAGAGACAACAUGGGUGGACAAUUAGAACGAUGGAGAAGGAACCGUCACCGAUUAGGGAUGAGUAUGCUCCUGUAAUAUUCUCUCAAGAGACCGUGUCCUACAUUGGAUCACUCGAUAUGAUGUCAGGGGAGGAGGACCGCGAAAACAUAUUGAGGGCUCGAGCCACAGGCAAAGCAGUUCUUACUAGACCAUUCAGGCUGCUGAAUUCUCAUCUCGGUGUUGUUUUGACCUUUCCGGUUUACAAUUACAACCUCCCUUCGAACCCAACUGUGAAAGAUCGCAUCGAAGCUACUGCAGGGUACCUUGGAGGAGCCUUUGAUGUUGAAUCUCUUGUCGAGAAUUUACUUGGCCAGCUUGCUGGAAACCAGGCAAUAGUAGUCCAUGUAUACGAUAUCACCAACUCUUCUGAUCCUUUAAUAAUGUAUGGGAACCAGUCCCAAGAUGGAGACAUGUCCCUUAAGCAUGUUAGCCGGCUUGAUUUUGGAGAUCCAUUUCGUAAACAUGAGAUGAUAUGUCGGUAUUUGCAAAAGGCUCCGACAUCAAGGAUUGCGCUUACAACAGCGUUCUUCGUCUUUGUCAUUGGUUUCUUAGUUGGGUAUAUGAUAUAUGGUGCUGCUAUUCACAUUGUUAAAGUUGAGGAUGAUUUCCACAAAAUGCAGGAACUUAAAGUACGAGCAGAAGCAGCCGAUGUAGCCAAAUCUCAGUUUUUGGCUACCGUUUCCCACGAAAUAAGAACACCAAUGAACGGCAUAUUAGGAAUGCUGCAGCUCCUACUAGACACAGAUCUAAAUUCGACUCAGAGUGACUAUGCUCAGACGGCUCAAGAUUGUGGACAAGCACUGAUAACCUUGAUAAAUGAUGUGCUUGAUCGUGCCAAGAUUGAAGCUCGCAAGCUAGAGCUCGAGGCAGUUCCUUUCGACCUGAGGGCAAUCCUAGAUGAUGUUUUAUCCCUGUUUUCCGAGAAAUCUAGGCAAAAGGGUGUAGAGUUGGCUGUUUUUGUUUCAGAUAAAGUACCCGAAAUUGUUGUGGGGGAUCCAGGAAGAUUCAGGCAGGUUAUAAUUAAUCUUGUCGGAAACUCUGUAAAAUUUACGGAGCAAGGGCAUGUGUUUGUUCAAGUCCACUUAGCUGAGCAAGCAAAGCGUCUUAGGGAAGGGAAUCAGGAAACAUGUAUGAAUGGGGAACCCGAGUGCGUGGUACAAUCCUGUGCUCGACAAUUCAACACCCUGAGUGGAAGGCAAGCUGCUGACAAUCGGAGCAGCUGGGAAACAUUUAAGCAUAUAGAUGAUGAAUUCCAAUAUGAUGCAUCAGGCUGUAGGGUGUGCGACAGUGUUCAUCAGAGUGUCGCCUUGAUGGUGUGUGUUGAAGACACGGGAAUUGGGAUACCCGAACAAGCGCAGAAACGUGUUUUCACGCCAUUUAUGCAGGCGGACAGCUCGACUUCUAGAAAUUAUGGGGGGACUGGUAUAGGAUUGAGCAUCAGCAAGUGUCUUGUUGAGCUGAUGGGAGGUCAAAUGAACUUCAUCAGUUGCCCGCAAAUUGGGAGCACGUUUACAUUCACUGUUGAGUUCAGGAGAUGUGAUAAAAGUGCCGUUCGUGAUCUGAAAAAGUCAGUCUCCGACGAUCUGCCUACUGCAUUUAAAGGGUUGAAAGCACUCAUAAUCGAUGGCAAACCUGUUAGAGCAGCUGUCACUCAGUACCACUUGAAGAGACUCGGCAUUCAGGCCGAAACUGUCAGUAGCAUCCGGACAGCAGUUUCUCUUUACGGAAAAUCCGGCUCCCUGAUAUCCAAAAGUGAGAAGCUUCCGGAUAUAUUUCUGGUCGAGAAAGAUUCAUGGAUGUCCUGCGAAGACGAUAGCUCCAUACAGAUGCAAAACCGAGGCCAAAAUGGGCAUUCUUAUAAACUGCUGAAGAUGAUCCUUCUCGCGACCAGCAUCACGGUUUCUGAGAUGGAUAAAGCCAAGGCGUCAGGAUUUGCCGAAACGGUGAUCAUGAAGCCUCUGCGAGCAAGUAUGGUUGCGGCAUGCUUGCAGCAGGUGUUGGGCAUCGGCCGGAAAAGCCAGCCGGGAAGAGACAUGAACAAUCGAUCCAUGGACCUCCGAGGCUUGCUCAGUGGCAAGAAAAUAUUGGUGGUCGAUGACAAUGUUGUGAACCGGAGAGUGGCUGGAGGCGCUCUGAAGAAAUUUGGGGCUGAAGUAGAGUAUGCCGAGAGCGGGCAAGGGGCUCUUGUAUGGCUGCAGAUACCCCACGAUUUCGAUGCCUGCUUCAUGGAUAUUCAGAUGCCGGAAAUGGAUGGGUUUGAGGCGACUCGGCUGAUCCGGGAAAUGGAGAGCAAGGCAAAUGCUGCGAUGAACGGACAUGCAGUAGCCGAUGGAUUGAUGAAGAAGGGGAAGGGAAAAGGGAAGUGGCACAUACCGAUACUUGCUAUGACGGCUGAUGUGAUACACGCGACGUUGGACAAGUGUCUGAAAUGCGGCAUGGAUGGAUAUGUUUCGAAACCUUUCCAAGAGCAGAGCUUGUACCAUGCUGUCGCCAAGUUCUUCGAAUCCUCGCCAGAUUCAGAACCUUAACGGCUUUCCAAGUUCGAGUGUAUCUGUUCCUCGACUCGACUUGACUGAUCUUUUGAGGAGGAGCUCGAGCAUUUUAACGCCUGCAUUCUGCUCUGCUGGUUUGGUGAUGGAUGUUUUUGUUGUUGUUGCUGCUGCGGGUGCAGGUUCUGUCGCUCGGUCCAGUCAUCGGUCACACGCACGUUACUAACUUAACUAGUAUUCUCGACAUAUGUAUGGUUAUGGUAAUGGUAAUGGUAGAGCUACUCUUGUUUCGCUUCCCUUUCCUUUGUAUGUAGAUGAUUUGGAGGAAGUGAAAAGACACACUAGUUGCCAUACUAGAAUUCAUGUUGUAUUUUCUGUAUCUAUGUUCUUAUUGCAUUGUACCACGCUUUGUGCAUGCUCAAA